AUGCUCAACGUAUGUCUUAUUGGCGCCGGUGGUGUUGGGACGAUAGCAGCAUACGUUCUGGAGAAAUCACAGCGAUGUCGGGUCACAGCAGUGCUCCGAUCAAACUACGCGGUUGUCAAGGAACAAGGCUUCGACAUCGAUUCAGUCGACCAUGGAAAAGUCAGGGGCUGGAAGCCGCAUAGAGUCAUCCCCUCCCUCCACCACGCCACAACGGACCAAGAACAACCAUACGACUUCAUCGUGAUCACGACCAAAGCCAUCCCUGAGCUCAUGGCCUCGCUCAUCCCCUCCCUCAAGCCACUCAUCGCCCCACGCAAGACCAGCCUCGUGCUCAUCCAGAACGGCCUGGACAUCGAGAAGCCCCUGGCGUCCGCCUUUCCCGAAACACCCAUCCUCUCGGGGCUCAGCAUGAUCGGGUCCAGAACGACAUCACCUCGCACCGUCUUCCACGAAGAUCCAGACCAGCUCAGAAUCGGCCCGUACUGGCACCACGUCGGCGAUCCGCUGCCUCGAGCGACUCAGCUCGACGCCGCGCUCCUGUUCGUCCAAGUGUACAACGCCGGCUUGGGGUCAGGCUUGGGCUUGUCCGAGGCAGAGGCAGAGGCCAAAACGACAACACGCAAGUCUUCCUCCCGCGCCGAAGCCGAAGCCGAAUGCGUACUGGUCGACGACAUCAUCGCCGCUCGCUGGCGCAAAUUGCUGUGGAACGGCUCGUUCAACACAAUCUGUGCGGUGCUCAGGAUGUCCGUGGGCCAAGUGCUCUCGAGCCCCGGCCGGAAGACGCUACUCGAGCCGGCGAUGCGGGAGAUUGCGGCAAUUGGGAAAGCCGCGGGCUAUGCCGAUGCAGUGUCCGAAGACGUCGUGCAGUUUCUGCUCCAUGACACCCCUAAGACAAGUCCGUUCAGGCCGAGUAUGUUGGUGCACCUGGAGAAGGGCCAACCUCUGGAACUGGAUGUCAUCCUGGGAGCCCCCCUGAGCGUGGCCAAGGAAAAGGGUGUGAGCACACCCGUGCUAAGUCAGGUGUACGAGCUGUUGAAGGUGGUUCAGUGGCAUUUGCUGCGGCAAACGCAUGGCGGCAACGAACCCACGAAUGGUGGAGACAGGCCCUAG